CACAUUACGCGCCAGCGUCCCAGCUUUUCAGAGGAUGGCAUGGGUUUAAAAAAGCUAAACAGUGGGUACUUUUUUGUGGUUUGCUAGAGUAUUAAAAUAGGUCAAGCGAUUUAAUAAGCAAGAGAUGCUUGUUUUCUUUCCAUCAUAUCUAGACUAAACGACAACUGACGUUACUUGUAAUUUGCAGGAUUCGAACGUUUGUUAGCAUGAUACACCUAACGUUAGACGUGUAUAAGUCUGUUUUGUUUUUAGCAAUAACAUCAAGCUAACAAACACAUCUGCUUGCAUAAAAGAUUGAUUUGUGAGAAGUAGUUCAGUAGAUUUGUCGGUAGUCUAAGUUUAAAAAAAGAAGGGAUGCCAGUGCAUUCGAGAGAAAAGAAGGAGAGCAACCAUGAAGAGAUGGAGGUGGAUUUCGCAGAGCAAGAGGGGAGCAGCUCAGAAGAUGAGGACACUGAGAGCUCGUCUGCCUCUGAAGAUGGGGAAAGUUCAGAAAUGGACGAUGAGGACUGUGAAAGAAGAAGGAUGGAAUGCAUUGACGAAAUGACUAAUCUAGAAAAACAGUUCACUGACCUCAAAGACCAUGGUCAUAAUUUCUGUAGGUUAUAUAAAGAGAGACUGAAUCAAGUUGAUGCCAAACUUCAGGAAGUGAUGUCAGGAAAGGCACCAGAGUACCUGGAACCCCUUGCAAAUCUUCAGGAGAACAUGCAGAUUAGAACUAAAGUUGCAGGUAAGAAAGUGCAUUGUCUCAUUGUUGAAAUAAUACAUUCAUGCGCAGGUAUCUACAGAGAAUUGUGCUUGGAAUCCGUGAAGAAUAAAUACAACUGUGAAACCCAAGCAGCGUUCCAGCACUGGGAGAGUGAAAAACUGUUAUUAUUUGAUACGGUGCAAAGUGAAUUAGAAGAGAAGAUCAGACGUUUAGAGGAAGACCGGCACAGUAUAGAUAUUACCUCAGAGCUCUGGAACGAUGAGUUACAAUCAAGAAAAAAUAAGAAGAAAGAUCCCUUCAGUCCAGAGAAAAAGAAAAAGCCUGUCGUUGUGUCAGGGCCAUAUAUAGUUUACAUGCUGCAAGACCUGGAUAUACUGGAAGACUGGACUGCUAUUCGAAAGGCCAUGGCAACAUUAGGACCUCACAGAGUAAAGACUGAUGUCUCUUCAAAGAGUGACAAACACCAGCACAAUGCCCGCUCGGAGGAUGGACGCUUGUUUUACGACGGAGAAUGGUACAGUCGUGGACAAGCCAUAUGUAUCGACAAGAAAGACGAGUAUCCUACGAGCGCUGUAAUAACUACAAUCAAUCACGAUGAAGUCUGGUUCAAACGGGUCGAUGGGAGCAAGUCAAAACUCUACAUCUCACAGCUUCAGAAAGGCAAAUACACCAUAAAACAUACCUGAUCUACCUGAGGUCUGAUAUGUUUAAUAGUGUCAUUUUCUGUACAGUAUAUCAUGAUUUAAAUACCUUUUUUGAUGUUUAAAAACAGACACAUUGGAAUUAUGUGUAAUGUGAGGAAAGUUUAUAUUAUUUUAUUGUAUAUAUUCAAUGCAACACCAUUUAAAAGAGUAUUACACCAAACAGGUAAAAAAAAUAUAUAUAAUUACUGGUGUAGUUAUUACCAUGAAAUGUGGGACUUUUGUAUUUUGUUGACUGGGCUCAUUUUCCAUUUCAGUUCUGACGUGUAGUUAUUUAUAAUGCCAUGUCUGGCUAGCAAAUGGUUUCCUACGUUUUUUAUAUUUCUGCCGCAUCACUGUGUUCAGAAACUAAUGAAACAGUUUGUUUGCCAUUUUUGGUGGCUUAUAUUGAAACGGUCUUGCUUGUGCAACAUCCUAUAUAAAAUACAGAUAUUUGAAGUAUUUAAGGAGUGAAUAAACAAGACGUUAUCACACUUUUUCGGAGUCUCAGCUCUUUGAACAGCUGUUUACUGUUCAUUGUGUUCUAGGAAGCUGUGAUCUUGCUGCUCUAUUUACAGUCUAAAGAGUCAUUUAUAUAUGGAGAAUUGCAUUGUAAUGUGCAUUUCAGCUCUGGUCAUUAGUUCAGUCUUCUUUUCUAUGUUGGGUUAUAGCACCACCCUUUGUUUUUUUGUUGUAAUGUGCCUGUUGUUUUUUUAUUUCUUGAUUUUCCUGAUUCAUACAUAUUUCUGAAAGGCCUGUUCUGAAUGUAUUUUUUGAGUUAUUAUGAAUUCACAUUGAACAAAAUUACAAAUACAGAAUUCAGUAUCACACCUUUGU